UUCACCUUCCGCCUCACACCCUUCUUCUUCGCCCCCACUUUCCCACCACUGCCACCACCACCCUCCUUCUUCCCCGCCGCCGACGACGGGCGUUUUGCUCUCCCUUUUACGCGUUUUGAUAUUUCACCACUAUCUCCCGGGUCUACAGUCGCGUACCCCAGCAAACCACCAACGUCCGAAGUUCGCCACUGUGAUACUACGGCCUCCCACGGGUCUUGAUGGACCAGGCUGUGCGAUUCGAUUUGGAAGUUGGUGUCUAUGAGGAGAAAGGAGGGGAAUGUGAGGCCCAUCCAUCCACCGUCCAUCGUUUCGCGAGCAGGGUAUCGUUCCAACCAUCCGCCGAACCGUCGCUUCGCUAUCUUCCGGCCAUCCGGCCAUGCGAUCAAUCCUGGCUUCCCUCGGUACUCACCACCGAACUGCAGCAGCCUGCCAUACGUCGAACGCGCAAAAUCGCCGUAGGACGCAGCUGCGUGCACGACCACGCGGAGAAGACGGAGGUUGUGCAACGUCGAGAGGGUUGUUGCGUACGGUUCUGCAAACGGGCAUGCGGAUCCAAUCAGUCAUCGAUUCAUCAACCUUCCGGGCCCACGAGAUCCCGGGACUAUAGUCUGGCCCACUCACCCUCCUCAGCGAACGGCUUAACAGCUCUCAACAACUGUUCCAGCAACGCGAUAUUGUAUGCCGUUAACGCGUCCAUUAGUGCAGGGAGGACAUCGCAGUCCACCAUUGUUGCGCGAUCUUCAUCAUCCAACAACGCCAUCAAAGCCCUCGUCAGCGUCCGAAUCAUAUCCGUCGUGAAGCCGCCAGUGCUCGUCUUUGUCACUGCGGCAAAAGAUCAGCCUCGCAUUCGAGGAACAGCCUCGCCUCCCAUAACAGGAUAUACCCCUCUGAGCAGUCGUCCUCCUCACCACGCCCACCGCUUCAGCCCGUAUAUAAAACUCCGGAGCAUUCAGCAGCGCCACGAGCCGCCGGAUCGCGUCUUCGGAGAUUUCGGUUUCCAUGCCAAAAUCUGUGAAGAGAGGGUCAGUCGGAGAUCGAUUUGGAUGCGAGGAGGGGUCAUGGGAUGUUGGGAGUACGGGCUUACCGAUGACAGGUGCCGGCCGAUCCUCUUUCGGCGGGGCUGGCACGGGCUGCGGCGUCAGCGGAGCGUUGGCGACGGGGAUCGUGACCGCGGAGGCGAGCUCGCCCGCCCGUUUCUUCUCUUCCGCACCUAGGAGCACACCGAUUAAUCAAUUAAUCCCACGCCUCCAAUCGCUCGCAGAAUCUCUCAACAACCCACCUCUCCCCUCCCACCCCUCCAACGCCCUCCCCGCUUCCCCCCUCACACUCUCCCCAACCUCUCCCAUUUUCACAACACCCCUCAACAAAGCCCCUAUCCGAGUUUUCAGAUGUGGAGGUAUCCCAGUUGUGUGCGCGAUACUUCCCAACCGACCAAUGAGUUUGAGUAACGUGAGUUGUUGAGGGGGGGAGGUUGAGAGGAGGUGGGGUUGCAGGAGGCGUUUGGAGAGGA